CACAAUUGAGUUCAUUACUGUUAAGGAAGAGAAUAUUGAAGAGAUCACUAAGGAGCAUCACCAGGAAAAAAAGAGAGAAAAUGUUGAGGAUGAUGAAGUGAAUGCUGUCUAUAUAAAAAGUGAAGAAGUUUAUGUAAAUCAUGAAAAUACAGUGUCUGAAUUCAAAAGUCUUGAGAAAGUAGAAAGAAAUGGCUUAGAUGUGCUGAUGUGUGAAGAUGAAGAUCCAUUGCUACCACUGCCAUUUGUGGCUAAGGAUUUGGGGAAUAACUGCUCACCAAAUGAUGAGGUGCUGCAGGAGACUGUCAAAGAGGUAAGACAUAAAAAAGUUAAUGCAAAAAAACUUUUUAGUUGUGAAGUAUGUGAAAAAAAAUUCACUUUGCAGAGUAAUCUGAUAAUUCAUAAAAGAGUACAUACAAAGGAGAAACCUUAUGUCUGUGAAGUAUGCAGAAAAGCAUUUUCUGAGAAAGGUAAUCUUCUGAAGCACAUCGAGAAUACAUACAAAAGGAAAAGCCAUAUAAAUUAUAGUGUUACUCUGUACAAAGAUAACUGUAUAUCAACAGAUAUAAAUAUGGUCUUAAAAGAAUAUACCACACUUUUAGAACUGCAGUACAUUAAGAUCUCUCACUUUGAGGACUUGACAGGAAUGUACACUAUAUCAGUCAGAGAAACGCAGUCCAUGUGUAGUGAUUUUGAGAGGUUCAAGGGCUCAGGCUGCUAUUUGGUUUCCUCAUUGAUUCCUAAUUAUUCUGACUUAAACUGGUUCAAGUUUCUAACCUCCCUUAAGUACAGCAUCCAGUUUAGAGUAGAGCCCCAAUCCCCUGACCCUUGCGAUGUAUCCGACACCUUUGCAGAUGCAGGGCGUUGUACAGCUUUCUUGUACGCGUUCGAAAUCCCAGGCCCGUUAUUUGCAAUAAUUUUGUCGUUAGAGAGUCUAGACUUCCGACGACUGCGUUACUAG